AUGGCACACUCCAAGAGCACUAGCGUGACACUGAAGCUUCUUGUCCACACAAAGGGUCGCAAGGUUCUGUUUGCUGAAGCGACCAAGGAGGUUGUGGAUUUCUUUUCACCCUUCUCUCUUUGCCUGUCGGCACCGUGGUUAGGCUCCUCUCCAAGAAUUGCUUGUUCACAGUGCACACGUUAUUAUUCUAUCUCCACUCCAGUAAAUUAUGUUUCUCUGACGCAAGCACCUUGUAGCACUGUUGAAACGGCGACGUCCAGCGAGGGUGGGUAUGCGAAGGGUGUUGUUACAUAUAUGAUCAUGGACAAUUUGGUAGUGAAGUCGAUGUGUCUACCAUUUCUGCAGUUCCUGCGGAGGGCUGAGCCCAAGGCUUGGGGGGGCGGGGGGGGGGGGGGGAAUGGUGUUCAGCGAACAGCCCAAGCCCGGCUGGGAGUGGGUCCCACGAAGUCGGCUGGCCCUCAGGCUAGUUCAGCCCGAGGGCUGUUGUUCACGUCAUCACCACAGUCCCACUACAGUGCCCACGUGCUACAGUGCGCUACAGUGCUACACGAUACAGUGCCGCUAAAGUCCACGUGUCGCGCUCUGGGCUCUUCGAUCAGAUUUUUUUCUCCAAUCCAACAGCAGCCAGUUUUUGUGCAAUAA